CUGCUUCCUACAACACAGCUCAGACAAAAACAAAAUGGACUAGUUUUAACUUUCAGCGAGAAAAUCAGAGCCGUUGACAGUCUUACCGCCGCACUGUUCUAUUGAAUCAUAGACAGCCGCUCAUUUAAAUGUUAUUUUUGUAGGACUUUAGGCGUCAACCAUGCAGUUCUCUCCCACCAAUGGAGACUUCACGUUCGUCUCGUCCACAGAAGCUGAAGCCCUAGAACUCAGCGGCACCAUCGACGCCCCAGAUGUCAAGCUGAACCUAGGCAGCGAUGCUGGGAAGGAUCCAUACGCCACCACGUUCCUGAGACAACGUGGCUAUGGGUGGCUUCUGGAGAUUGAGGAGGAGGAGAGCGAAGACACCAAGCCUCUCCUGGAGGAGCUGGACAUCGACCUGAAGGACAUCUUCUACAAGGUCCGCUGCGUACUGAUGCCCAUGCCCUCCUUGGGUUUCAAUCGGCAGGUGGUGAGGGACAACCCGGACUUCUGGGGCCCUCUGGCCGUGGUGCUGCUCUUCUCCAUGAUCUCCAUCUAUGGACAGUUCAGGGUGGUGUCUUGGAUAAUCACCAUUUGGAUAUUUGGCUCCCUAACCGUCUUCAUUCUGGCCCGCGUUCUUGGCGGAGAGGUGUCCUACGGCCAGGUCCUGGGUGUGAUUGGCUACUCACUUCUCCCGCUUAUCGUCAUAUCUCCACUGCUCCUGGUCAUCGGAAGCUUUGAUGUGUUCGCCACGGUUAUAAAACUUUUCGGUGUGUUCUGGGCUGCGUACAGUGCUGCAUCGCUACUCGUGGGAGAUGAGUUCAAGACCAAGAAGCCCCUUCUUAUAUACCCCAUCUUCCUUUUGUAUAUCUACUUCCUGUCACUAUAUACCGGCGUCUGAUUGGACGAGCUGCUGCUGUGGACCUUUUGUGGAAUUGGGACUUGGGAUGCAAUGAGGCUAGGCAGGAGGAUUCGUUCCACAAUACACUACAAAGCAUGGAGUUACUUAUAUUCUUUUAAACAACUGUUUUUUUUUUUUUAUACAACUGUCAAAAUCCUAUAAGGUGGAAAUAUGAUGUUGAAGUUAGAUAUUGGUGUAUAUACCCGUGUCUGUUAGGCUUAUGUUAAAUAAAAAAACAAAAAAGUAGAACCAUGUACAGGUUUAACCGGAAAAAAGCUGCCAUCAGUUCACUUCCGGCAUCCUUUGAAAACCCUGUUGUAAUAUAGUAAUCCAGACAUCCGGAAGCUAGUAUCACUAAAAUUUGAUUAUUUUGUUCAGAUUUUAUUAUAUAUUUUGCGUUUGUUCUUAGCAAUUUAAAAUUGUGGUGCCAAAUUCUCGAAGUUAGUUUUGAAAUCGUGAAAGAUGGCAUGAGUGAGUUCUGCUAAAGGAAGAAGUGGUGUUGAUCUUAAAAAAAAAGGCCAUUUAUUAACUUUUUUCUUUUCAACAUAUAUUUUUCUUAACUUAUUGAAUAUCACCUGGGAUAGGGAAAAAGCUGGAACGCUUUCAGUGAAUUAAAACAUUGUCUUCUUAUUUCCCCCCCUGCUGUGUCAUCUUUUGGAAGACUGCUUUCACAAAUGUUACAUAUUUUGAUGUCCUCAUUCCCCAAAUUAGGACAUUCUCUCUAUUUUGAAUCUCCUGAAUCUCGUGAGUUUAAUUGUUAGGAAUUUGAUUUGUGUGGAAUGUGUCUGUGCAGGAAAGACAAAAAGAAAAUAAACACAAACAAAAGCAACAA